UGAAUUUUAAAUUAAUUUUUGAUAUUGUAGAUUCAACAACCAAAUUGUUCACUACUCGAAAACACACUACUGCUACACCAACACAUUCUACCUCUACUCCAAAGCCAACAACUACACCACCCCCACAACCACCACCGACUACUACCUCUACUCAAAAACCCACAACUACACCAUCAACCACAACUACUACAACUCCAUCGACCACCACAACUACUACUCCAUCAACCACAACUACCACUACUCCAUCAACAACUACAACUAGACCAUGUAAUAAAAAAUGUUAUUAUGGUAGUGUUUGUCAAAUUAUCAGUGGGCAACCAGAAUGUGUUUCUCCAACCACAACUACUACACCACCAACAACCACUAACCCAUGUGAUAAUAUACAAUGCGAAAAUGGGUGCGUCUGCAAGAUUGAUAAGUAUGGAAAACCACAAUGCGUUGCAGUAG